CAGGAAAUCAGCCCUAUCGGGGGCGUGUCCCAGCCUGCUGGGUGCGGCCGCCCCGGAAAUGACGUGAUGCCCCGUUGGCCGUGCGGAAGUGGAGAUGGCGGAGCUGUAUGUGAAGCCGGGCAACACGGAGCGCGGCUGGAACGAUCCGCCGCAAUUCUCCUAUGGGCUGCAGACCCAGGCUGGCGGACCCAAGCGCUCGCCUCUCACCAAGAGGGUCGCCGCUCCUCAGGAUGGAUCCCCCAGAGUCCCAACCUCAGAGACAUCUCCUGGGCUCCCCCCAGUGGGGCCUCCACCUCCUUCAAGUAAGGCUUCCAGACCCCCCCCAUUUGUGGGGAGCUGUCCUCCCUCCAGAAUGGAGCCCAUGGAUUCCCCAGUCGUUGAGUCUGAGACUCUACUGGAAGAUGUACUGAGACCUUUGGAACGGGCACUGGAGGACUGCUGUGGCCACAUAAAGAAGCAGGUAUGCGAUGACAUCAGCCGACGCCUGGCUCUGCUGCAGGAACAGUGGGCUGGAGGGAAGCUGUCAACGCCUGUAAAGAAGAGGAUGGCUCUGCUGGUGCAAGAGCUUUCAAGCCACCAGUGGGAUGCAGCAGAUGACAUCCACCGCUCACUCAUGGUUGACCAUGUGACUGAGGUCAGUCAGUGGAUGGUGGGAGUUAAAAGAUUAAUUGCGGUAAAGAGGAGUCUGUUUUCAGAGGAGGAGGCCAAUGAAGAGAAAUCCAUAGCCACAGCUGAGCAGAACCAAACUGUACCAGGCAUCCAGCAUGACCUGUGAUCCUGUGGGUUCCCCAGACUCAUCUCACACCAUCUCCUGUGCCUUGGCAUGGGAGGCUUCUCUAACUUGACUCCUUUUUACCACUGGGAAGAUGGUCUGCCCGUGGGGAACUCUGGCCUAACCCAUUUCUGGGGGAAGAGGUCCCACCUGGACCACAACGAGGUUGCUUUACCAUACCAUAUGCAUUUCAAUAAAAACAUCUCAAUAUAGUGGGCCCUGGGUAGGAGAGAUGAGCGAGCCCUUCCCAUGUUCCCUCUGGUGUCCUUGACUGCUCUGCUGCCUUUUUUCCUCUAUUCAUCAUGAAUGGCCUUGCUAAGCAUGAGUAGAUUAUCACCUGCUACUUUCCCCCAAAUUACAUGGAAACAUACAUCCCUUUCUGGGCCGAGUCAUCUAUGUUUGGAUGACUUUGUUUCAACAUGGAAACAAAGGCUCAAAUAGCAUGGGGAGAUUUUUUUCUCUCAAAAGGAGGAGACUCCUUAUUUGCAUUGCAUCACCCUUGACCUAUGCAAGUGCUACAGAGAUUAUAACAUAGCUAUAUAAACUGAAGGUGAAAAAGACCAGAUUGUUGCAAUAUGGGAACAUGAUUUUUCCCCAUGGGGGCAGGGGAGGGGGAGCAGGAUUAUGACUCUUUAUCUGACUCACCAAAUAAGCUGCUGCCUCGGUUUGGGCCCUAAGGUCUUCUAACACUUUGAGGACAACAGAACCAGGUGGAAGGGGCCAGGAGGUUCACAUCAUGCUGUGAGAAGGGAGAGUACAGGUUUUCAGUGUUGGAAUAACGUUGGUACUUACAGGUAGGAGGCAGAAAAGGCAUGGGGAGAGACCAAAGAAGGCUAUAGGCUGGGGCAGUGCCUCUUGUUCUCUGCUUUGAAACAACUAGGGAGGGACGGCUAG